CUCAAGGUUUAUUAUUUAGAUUUGUACGACACAUACACAUGCAAUCUUGAAUUAUUGAUAUCUUUACAAAUAAUACUUGACAUUAUUACAAAGUGACAAAAAAUAAAUGGUGGAAUCAUUUGACAUUGGAAAGAAUAGGGUGUAAUAUUGAUCUAUUAAUUUAUUCAGUGAAGGAGAGUGUGUAGACUAUGUGGUCUUGUUUACAAGAUAUAUAUAUAUAUAUCUCUGUACAUGUGACAGUGUACUUUUGUGCUGAAUAUCUGUAGGACAUCUGAUACUUUAUAUUUCAUGUAAAAAUUGUUGUUGAAGGAUUAUAUAUCUGUUUUAGAUAAAUAUUUUGACAUUGUGGUGAACAAAAAUCUUUUAUUUAAUGCAAUUUGGAAUGUAAAUUUAUGAAUAUUGGCUUGUGAGCUGUGUCUUCUAUGCUUGGCUGAAUUCUGAAUUAUAGGUGGAUUUUAAACAUUAAAAUCUGACAUCAAGACAAACUGACAAAAUGAAACAUUUGAAGCGUGAAUAAUGUCCGAACGGUCAUUUAUCCGACAUAUCCUGUAAUGUGUAAAUCUGAUAGAAUGGUUUGGGUGGAUGAACCAACACAUUUGUCACAAAAUAACGAAGAAGAAUUAAUUUAUACAGAUCUGGAUAGUUUGAAAAAUAGCGAAGAAAAAGUAUUACAUGAUGACGUCGCUGACCAGAGAAACUCUCAAGCCUCCAUAGAUGGAAGGGUUCUGAGUCCAAUGGGACCUCUUAUUAUGGAUAACAAUGAUUAUGGGCAGUAUGGUCCAACGUCUGAUAGGGUUGUAUCUUCUAGUACAUACAUUGAUCCCAAAAAGAAACUUAAAGGAAAUGGUGUGCCAGGGAAAAGUAUAGAGGAAGAGCUUUGUCGCAUUUGUGGAGACAGGGCAUCAGGGUAUCAUUACAAUGCACUUAGCUGUGAGGGGUGUAAAGGUUUUUUUCGAAGAAGUAUUACAAGGGGAGCUAACUAUACAUGUAAAUAUGGAGGGAACUGUGAAAUGGACAUGUGGAUGAGAAGAAAAUGUCAAGCUUGUCGAUUGAAACGAUGUCGAGAAGUGGGAAUGAAACAGGAAUGUUUAUUAUCGGACGAGCAAUGUAAAGCAAGAGAUGCUCGGCGGAAGGCAAAACAGAAAAAAAUGGAGAAACCAGCUCCAGUUGUUGUUCAGAACAUCAACAAUGAUUCCCUUGACAGUCGACCAAGCUGUGAAUUUGAAAGACAGGAUGUUAAGUUUUCUGCAUCUUUUUCUCCAUAUGAUGUCAUAUGUGAUCGUCCAAUAGAACUUAUUUCAGAAAAUACACAUGCUCUUAUAAACAGAAUAGUUAGAUUACAGGACAAAUAUGAAUUCCCUGAUGAAGAAAAAGUCAAUGAUGCAAUAGAUAUAAAGCCUACAAAUAAUGUGGAGUCAGGAGAACACGUCCUAGGAAGUCUGGCCAGAAUGACUGUUUUAAUUACUCAUUUAAUUGUAGAAUUUGCUAAAAGUUUACCAGGAUUUGACCGUUUGUCAAAAGAUGAUCAAAUUAUAUUGCUCAAGUGUGCCUCUAGUGAAGUUAUGGCUAUCAGGGCCAGUAGAUGUUAUGAACCUACUAGCAAAGCAAUUGUGUUAGCCAAUGGAACUCCACUAACAAUGGAUAAUAUGAUAGCUGCUGGUCAGCCACAAGAAUAUACAGAAUUAGUGUUUAAAUUAUGUGAAGAUUUAGCCAAGCUGGGUUCUGACAAUGCAGAGUAUGCCUUGUUUACUGCCAUUGCAAUAUUUUCAUCUGACAGAGGUGGACUUCAAAACAGAGAUCUCAUUGAAGAGAUUCAAAAAAUGUACGUUGACGCAUUAAAUGAAUAUGAAACUAAAAAACGAUGUCGUGGUGGAAGUGCCUUAGCAAAGUAUCUUCUUUUGUUGAUGGACCUGCGGAAUAUAAGUGUUGAGCACUCUAAAAUGUUAACAGUUUUACCUAUCCCAGAGUCUAACAUGCCGAAUGUAGUUAAAGAUAUAUAUAUACAAGAUGAUGAUGUAUAAUGUUCAAUUUUUGUUAUUACAUGUGGCAGCUGUGGAGACUUGAGACUUGAUUACAGAUUAUCUAGUUAAUAACAUGUAGUUGAUUACAGAUUAUCUAGUUAAUUUCUCAUGUAGCUGAUUACAGAUUAUCUAGUUAAUUACAUGUAGUUGAUUACAGAUUAUCUAGUUAAUAACAUGUAGUCGAUUACAGAUUAUCUACUUAAUAACAUGUAGUCCAUUAUAGAUUAUCUAGUUAAUUACCUGUAGUCGAUUACAGAUUAUCUAGUUAAAUAUUUGUAGUUGAUUACUGAUUAUCUAGCAAAUUACAUGUAGUCAAUAACAGAUUAUCUAGUUAACUACUUGUAAUUGAUUACUGAUUAUUUAGUUAAUUACAUGAAGUCGACUACUAAUUAUCUAGUUAUUACUGACUAUCUAGUGAAUUACAUGUAGUCGAUUACUAAUUGUCUAGUUAUUUACAUGUAGUCGAUUACAGAUUAUUUAGUUAAUUACAUGUAGUCGAACCAUUAACUUUUUUUUUAUUAUCCUUGUAAUUUUCAGUUGUUUGGAACAAUAUUUCCAAUUAAUCUUUCGUUUGCUGAGAAAUUUGAAUACAACACAAAAAGUCUAUGCAAUAAGCAAAUUUUCCCUUUUAUAAUUAGUAUUCUUAAGCAUGAAUUUUUAACUAGUAUGCUGUAAUCAUGACCAGUCUCUCAGUAACCUUGUUUGUUAUUUGCUCAGAGUAUGAUCUUGUAUGCAUGUUGAUGUCCAAAGGGAGGUAAAUCUAGUAAAUAAAUUGAAACUAUUUAUGCUGUAUUUGUGCUGAGUCUAACUCAGAAUAUUUACUCCUAUUAUGUUUAACUUAGUGCUAAUUUUAGACAUAUUCCAUAUGGAUAUGGUCUACAAAGUUUUAUCUACAUCAGACAUUAUUAUUCAGGGAUUUUAUCAGCAUACAAAGUAAAUUAUGAUUGAAUGUUUUUAGUAGGAUUCAUAUUGUAUUAUCAUCUGUAUUUAUUAUUUCAUCUUAUGUAUUGUAUUGCCAUAUUUUUAUUGUUUUCUUUAAUUUCAACCUUUUUUCCAGUUCUUUAAACAUUUAAGUAAAUAUUUAACUCAAAAGAAUUAUUAUUCUUGAGCUUAAAUUUUUAACUAGUAUCUGGUAAUCAUGGCCAGUCUCUCAGUAACCUUUUUUGUUAUUUGCUCAGACUCAAAAGUUUAAAGGUGUUUUUUUCACCGAAAUAUAGUAGCAGAUAUGUGUUACUUCUUGAUUUAUUAUCUUCUUUUGAAGAAAAAAUGAAUUCAAUAGAAUAGUUAUGGAUAUACGAUAGAAUUCCAAUUUGAUAACAGAAAAACAUCAAAUUUAUUAUGAAAAAAAAAAAUUUGAUAUCCUACGCAAUGGACUUUUGUUGUAAUGUAAGGAAGAAAGGAUGUAGGUUAUAACGAAUCGUCAAUCAGUUGUCUGGAAAGUUUUACAAUCUAUCUGUUUCAAACACAUUUGAAAUUAAAGAAGGGUUUGUAAUAUAUUCUUUAUAAAUCUGAAACAAAUGUAACAUCUGACAGUGAUUAGUUGCUUCUUUACGGUUUGUUAAAUAUAUUUUGGAAAGAUUGGAAAAAUGUUGCUAUGAUAUUAUUUAUGAAGAAGCAAAAAUCGUUUUUCUAUUUGGUUCAAAACUGAAAAAAAUAUAGUUCCCAGAAAAAGUGUUCGUCCUUACUUGAGUUAAUAAAGUGAUUGCAGUACAUACAUUUCAUACACAAAGCCCCAGUUUAUUUCCCUAUUUGAAAAAAAGGAAAAGAUGCAUUUAUCAAAAUAGUAUAUAUUUCCACACAUGCAGUAGUAUGGCAGAGUUGUGUAGUAAUUGAGUAGUGUAUAUUUUUUUACAAAGGAAAUACUUGAUGUUUCAGUGGGUAAACAGUGUUAUGCAAAAAUUAGUGUUAAGACCAAUGAAUACAGCUUGGGAGGUAUGCAUAUGACCUUUAUCAAAAGCAAUAAUUUCUGGAUAUUUUUUCAGUCCUCUGAGCAUAAACUAUUAUUGCAAAUAUGUUCAAAAAAAUUGAAAAUGCAAGUUGAUAUAGUUACAGUGUGUAUACGGUUAAGUUUUAUGCAAUGUUUAUUAAAAAUUUCUCUGCAUCUGUUAUUAUUCCAAAUGUGUUAAGACUGAAGAAAAAUAGAUACCUGAUCUACAAAAUUACCCAAGAAUAAAUGCAAUGAAGGAAAUAAAUGGACCGAAUUAUGCUAAAAGCAAUGAACCAAUAACAAAAAUGGUGCACAGCAACCUGCAAUGACAACCUCUGAAUUGCAGUCUUUUCAUUAUAAUAUGACUCUGAUAUUCAGAUCAGUUGUUCUAAAUAUAGAAAAAAAUAUAACAGCUGUUGACAGGUAUUAUCUCAAUUAAACAGAAACUUACAAUUAAAAUAUUCAGUUGAUAUAAUAUUUUUAAUAUAGGUGAAUAUUAAUACUUUCUAAAUCUGAUUUCUUUUUCAAUUAUAUUUAUGCCCUUAGAUAUAGAUAGUCAUAGUUAUUUUCUAUUGUCUUUCAAGGAUGUAUUAAAUAUUAUUUUAAUCUUAAAUAAAUUAAACCAAGGAGUAAAAUUGUCAAUCAAAGAAAAUAAUCCUCAGAAACAUAUGAAAUUAAGGAUAUAGUCAUUAAAAUUCCACUUAAACAAAUAGAAAUUAAGAACACUAGACGACUAAGCAUUUCCUGAUUCACAAGAUUUCCUAUAUAAGUUUCACAGUUUUUUAUUUUUAAAGUCUAAAGACAAAUUUAAGUAGGAGUGAUAAAAGACUGAUCCAUGGCCAUCUGUGACAAAAAAAUAAAAAGGUUUUACAGUAAAUAUUUAUAGAUAUAUAUACACAAGGGUCUGGAUGGGAUUAAAAGAAUAGAGUAUAAUGAGCAGAAAAAGCAGAAUAAAGGGCUAAAAAAAUUAGAUUAGAGAAAAAUAGACCCAAAAAAUAAAGAAUAGAGAAUAAAUUAAUAUUGGGUGCUAAAAUAUAAAGAAUAGAGAAUAAUUGACAAAAUAGAUAAAGAAUAGAGAAAAAUGACUAAAAAAAUAAAGAAUACAGAAAUGAAAGACCCCAUCCGGACCUUCAUACACAUAUUAAAUGCAAUAUUUAGAAUAAACAUAACACCACAAACUAUCACUUACCAGGAAGGAGAUGUAAUGGUGCUUAGGUUGUACAUUAAUAAGAAAUAGGUGGAUAUUGCCAUUCUAUUGUUGGACCAGGUUUCCCUUCUUUUUACCUAUUGACAAUUCUAACCAAUACACAUCAGCUUUUGAAACGCAAGGAUACUUUACUUAGUAUUAGAUAAGAUUUUUGCAUCUUGUUUCUCAUCUUGUUUCUCAUCUUAUAUCCUUUCUUUAAAAAUUGUUUCACAAAAGUUGUAUAUGUUUAUAUUGUUGAAUAAUAUAUUGGCUUCUUUUUACUUAGAAGAAAGGUCAUUUAAGGAUAAUUUUGAUUAACAAAUAUUAUGUAAACACUUUCAAAUAUCUUCAAAUAAGUUUUUAUUUGGUAUUUUGGUAUACAAUAUUGUGAUAUGAGUAAAGGGGAAUAACUCUUGCUGAUUUAUGGUUGAUAGUGCUAUGAGAAAUAAAGUGCUAGAUGAAGUGCUAUGAGGAAUGACAUGUUAGAUUAGUGCUAUAAGGAUAAUUUGGUGCAUAAAUGUUUUAUGUGAAUAUUGUUGAAUGAAUUUUUAAUGUGUUAGUUUUUAUAUUGUUAGCGAUACAUAUAUUUGUUGCUCUGAAUAUCAGGGAUAAUAGAAUUAUGCCUUUUGUAAAUAGAAAUAUUUGUUUAUAGGGUUUUAAAUAUCAAUUUGUGACAUAUAUAUUUGCUCAUUUCAUUUUAUUUCCACAUAAGAUAACAAUAAAAAUCAUGUAUUUAAUAUAAUUUAAUUUUGCAAUGAAAGCAUUUGAGAUGCUGUAAGAAUGGAGAUUUGUAAGAAAUAAAGAUAUUUGUUGGUUAGGCAGCAUGUUCCUGUUAGGUGUUUAAGCCAUAAGCUAUUGAUUGCUAACACUUAAAAGUAUGUUUCUCUUUUUUCUGAUAUAAUAGUUUGUAUACAGAUGUGGAUAAACUGUACUUUUCAUGUUGUGAACUUAAUGAACUAUUUCCUGCAAAUCACACAAUCUGCAUUUAAUGUACUGGUAUUUCAGUGUCCGUUUCACAAUAUGUAAAUUGUCCUCAAGACACCACUCUUAUAAAGUAGUGACAGGUAUCGACCUGAAAAAAACUGAUAUUCAUUCUGUCAUUGAAGGGGGUAUGAUGAAUUUAGAUGGGGAUAAAAGAUCAAUUCAUGUUAUGAGCCACUAUUUGGUCCUUGAUUUACUAAAAAUAUACAAAUUCAACAAUUUUGAAUAACCAAUACUUGUCAAAAUUAAUGCUUGACAGCUAAACUCAAUUAUUUUUCUUGCUUAUAGUCUCCGAAGGAAUACAUAUGCAGAUUAUUGGCUGCAGUUUGCAAAAAUAAAAUAAAGCUUAAUUGCUUGUAGGAUAUCUUUGGAGAUAUGUGACUAGGACAAAUCUAUAGUAUUCUGAAUAAGAUUUUACAGAAUGAAAACUACUAUAGUUUUAUAAUAAUGUUUUGUUUUGGUUUAUUGAAUAUUUUCCAUCAAACUUGCCACACACAAGAUAUCAUAUCAUAAGGUGUCAAAAAUUAUAUUUUAAUGCAUUUAAUGUAUUUUAAGUAAAUUUUUGGUGAUUUAAAAAAAAAAAAUUUCAGCUUUAUAUCUACAAACAAUUCGCACUAGACCAUGUGCUGAAAAUGAAGUUCUGUAGGAAGACAUUUUUACAAAGUUGUUAUUCACGACUAAAAAAUUUAUUUUUAAAUUGGCUGACUCACAAUUCAACAUUUUAUAAAAUCUAGAUAUCCAUACUCACUGAUUUCAUCAAGAAAUUUGUUCAGACACUAAAAAAGAGCAACAAGACAUGUCAACCAAGAAAACAAAAAAACAUGUAAUUAAUACAUGGUCAUAUACAAGGAUCCAGACAUUUUUCAAUUUAGGUAAUGUCUGGCAAAUAUGACCAUUUCGGGACCCUUGAUCAUAUAUAUUCAGUAAAAUAGUGGACAGCUAGGUCCUGUCUCGCUAAUAUGACCAUUUCCAGACCCUUGAUCAUAUAUAUUCAGAAAAAUAAUGGACAGCGAAUUCAAUUUUUUAUGGCAUUAUUAUUCUACCUCUCUUUGAUAUCAAUUGACAAAGAAUCCAUAUUGUAUUAAUAUUGUUAAACAUCAUUUGUUAGUAAUGUCAACAACAGAUUAUAGAUUUGUAUGAAGAUUAUGAGAAUUUUUACUGUUUGUUUGUGUAUUUUGUGUAUGUGUGUUGAUUGAUAGACAAAGAGAAGCUCCAUCAUAGUAUUACAGCAAUUCGUCGUACCAGAAUUUAAUGCAUUCUUGGUAAUAUUUUCAAAAGUGUACACCAAAAUGCUGUGAUUGGCAACAUCCCAAACAAUUUAAAUUCAAUUAAUGAUGUGAGGUUGUUUUCAUUUUAAGGUACGAACAAUGAUAUUACCAAUUAUCCUUUAGAUUCUGAAAUGGCGAAUUAAACUUUUACAGGAGUUCCAUGUUUGCUGGAAUAACUCUCAUGUACUUUCAGUGCAGUAUUGUAAUUGUCCGUUUUAAAAAAAGUACUUUCAGAGAUAUCACUGUUAAAUAGUAUAAUUAUAAAGUUCUUUCAUUAUCAUUGAUGAAAAGAAAAUGAAUUGUAAAACUCUCUCAAAGAAUUGAGAAAUAAUCUUGAUUCUCAUUGGCUGUUAUGGUUGGUAAAGUGUUUAUGAGACUACUGUCUUAAAAAUAUGUAAUAUUGAGAAAGAUUUUAUUGUAUAUAAAUAAAAUAUAUCACUAUUGUU